AUGUCUUUUGUCAAGAACUUGUUAUUUGGUGGUGUUAAGACCAGUGAGGACCCAACAGGCGUAACAGGCGGACCAAACGAGCAGAAACAGGGGAAAAACACGGAACCUGUGGUCGAGGGCAAGUUCUAUCCACGCACACUGUACAAGUUCAAUGGGCAUGACGACGAGAAGAUCUUCUUGGCUAUCAAAGGUAAGGUUUUUGACUGCUCGCAGGGCAGACAGUUUUACGGUCCCAGUGGCCCGUACUCGAACUUUGCGGGCCACGACGCAUCCAGAGGUCUUGCAACCAAUUCUUUCGAUCUCGAUACCUUGAGACACUGGGAUCAACCAAUGGACGACCUUGCAGAUCUGACAAAGGAAGACAUGGAAGCGUUGGAUGGCUGGCUUGAGCAUUUCGAGAAAAAGUAUCCAUGCAUUGGGACGCUGGUGCCAGAGCCAGGUGUAAACUGCUAA